UGCUUCGCUGGAACAAAAGGUCAAAGUGGACUGCAGUGUAAAUGUGGAGGCAGCCGAUAAAUAUCCUUGCCUGCAGCUGGAGGUGGAGAGGCAGCGUCAGCUGCAGCAGGUUGUGUGCUCCGCGGGUCCUGCACACCGGGCUUGGCUGGAAGACACUGGGGGAUCCCGUGCAGAUUCGCACACGAGGAUGGCGUGUGAAAUCAUGCCGCUGCGAAGCUCACAGGAAGAUGAACGACCUUUGUCACCUUUCUAUCUGAGUGCUCACGUAUCUCAAGUCAGCAAUGUUUCAACAACUGGAGAACUCUUAGAAAGAACCAUCAGGUCAGCAGUAGAAGAACAUCUUUUCGAUGUCAACAGCUCUGGAGAUCAAAGUUCAGAAGACUCAGAAACUGGACCACCAUCACCAUCUUCAACACCCACCAGGCAUCGAGGGCAUCAAUUUAAGAAGCAGGAUGAUGUUUGGCAUGGCCGAGACAAGGAACUUAUCAACAAGGAGAAUAUCCCCUAUGGCUUCCACAGCUAUGAUGAGUGCGUUGUGAACAGCCAGGAAGCAGAAAGACUCCCGGAGGACACCUGUGACUGUGUCGGAGAAAGAAGUAAACCCAAACGUCAGAAAUCCAGUUCCAGGCUCACGGAGCUCAGUGAAAAUCAUGAGGGACUCCUGAACGUGGACAGUUCUGUGCCGUCCCAUGGAAGACCAGGACCGGAAGCUGUUGAACUGAGAUCCAAUGAAAGCAAAGAAAAUGGAAGUGGUAGUGGAGACCCUCAACAUUGUGAGAGCCCCACAAUGAAGAUUCAGGAGCAUCCCAGUAUAUCUGACACCAAACAACAGAGGAAUCAAGAUGCCGAUGAUCAGCAGGAGAGCUUUGUCCCUGAAAUGCCCCGGUUGGACCUGACAGCAUUAUGCGAUGAGAAGAACUGGGAAGAGCCCAUCCCUUCCUGGCAGCAAGAGAAUGUGGACUCUGAUGAAGCCCGCCUCUCCCCACAGGCUGGGCGCCUGAUUCACCAGCUUCUGGAUGAGGAUAGUGACCCCAUGCUGUCCCCCAGGUUCUAUGCCUAUGGGCAGAGCAGGCAGUACCUGGAUGACACAGAAGUGCCUCCUUCUCCCCCCAAUUCCCACCCUUUCAUGAGGCGGAGAAGCUCUUCCCUUGGGUCCUAUGAUGAUGAGCAAGAGGACCUGACACCUGUGCAGCUCACACGAAGGAUCCAGACCCUUAAAAAGAAGAUCCGCAGGUUUGAGGACAGGUUUGAAGAGGAAAGGAAGUACAGACCCUCCCACAGUGAUAAAGCGGCCAACCCAGAGGUUCUGAAGUGGACAAAUGACUUGGCCAAAUUCCGGAAACAGCUGAAAGAGUCAAAACUAAAGAUCUCGGAAGAGGACCUCACCCCCAGGACACGGCAACGAAGCAACACGCUCCCCAAGAGCUUUGGUUCCCAGCUAGAGAAAGAAGAUGAAAAGAAGCAAGAACUGGUGGAUAAAGCCAUUAAGCCCAGCGUUGAAGCUACCCUGGAAUGUAUUCAGAGGAAGCUCCAGGAGAAGCGAGCAGAGUCCAGCCGUCCUGAGGACAUUAAGGAUAUGACCAAGGACCAGAUUGCUAAUGAGAAAGUGGCUCUGCAGAAAGCCCUUCUGUACUAUGAGAGCAUCCACGGGAGGCCGGUAACAAAGACUGAGCGCCAGAUUAUGAAACCUCUGUAUGAUAGGUACCGACUGGUCAAACAGAUCCUGUCCCGGGCCAGUGCUGUCCCCAUCAUGGGGUCCCCCACCAGCAAACGGAGAAGCCCUUUGCUGCAGCCGAUUAUCGAGGGCGAAACUGCUUCCUUCUUCAAGGAGAUAAAGGAACAAGAGGAUGCGUCAGAAGAUGACAGCUCCGCCAAGCCAGACUUCACUGUCACGCUGAAAACAGACUGUGGUGCACAGUGUUUUCUGGAGCAUCUUGAAGAUGAUGCUGAUGGAUUUAUCUCACCAAUGGAUGACAAAAUGCCAUCAAAAUGCAGCCAAGACUCAGGCCUUUCAAACCUCCACUCUGCUUCAAUACCUGAGCUCUUGGAAUACCUUCAGGAAAUGAGAGAAGAAAAGAAAAUGAUUCGACAGAAACUUCAUGAUUUUGAGGACAAUUUUUUCAGACAGAAUGGGAGAAAUGUCCAGAAGGAAGACCGCACUCCGAUGGCCAAGGAAUACAGCGAAUACAAGCACAUAAAGGCCAAGCUACGGCUGCUGGAGGUGCUUAUCAGCAAAAGAGACACUGAUUCCAAGUCCAUGUGAGGACUCCUGGUGCAGAUGACAACUUUCCCAGGAAAGAUCAGUUCCGGAAGGCAGCCUUGGAGCUGGACCUAGGAAGCAGGCAGUCUCCUCCCUCUGAGCCUUCAGACUGGUUCCUGCUUCCAUUGCCCGCCUUAGAAACUGCCUGCAUGGAAGGCAACAGUGUGACCUGACUUAGAAAUUUUAUAAUGGGAGAGUCAGGACUCCUACCCAUAUCAAUGCACACUGCAGUAGGAACUUCACUGCCAUGAGCAGUGAGCAGACACGCCGUCAGACACAUCCAUCCAUCUACAGAUAACUUGCUGUUCUUCCCCGACAUCUGAGAAACACGAGGCCAUUGUAAAACUGUGACAAACACAAGCUCAGGACUUCGCUCGCAGAGCCUGCUUGCCGUGGAGGUCUGUGCUCUCCCUGGCCCCCCACCACAUGGUGACCGUGCAUUGGCAUACCAUUUGCUGCCUUGGCUGUUUCCCAAGCUGUACUUGUUCACUCCCAUCGAUGCAUUUCCCGUUAGCUCUCAGGUAGAUGGAGGCUGUACCUGCCCGUCUUGGCAGGGCAGUCCUUUCGCUGAUGUGCUCUCUCAGCUGACAGCUGAGGAGCCUAAACUCUCUUCAAGACACUGACUGCACUUUCCCGUCUCAGACAUUGAUGCCGAACACAGAAGAGGCCAGUGUUCCUGUGAUAACCUGUUUGGGGCUCAAUUUCGUUGUUGCACUAGCCAAACAAAGGGGUCCUGCUUAGUUUUAGACUAGGUAUAGAAUAUCAUCGGAGAGAGGGGUCUGUAUCAGGCUCCUGAACUUACCAGAGUUUAAUUUUUCUACGAAAGUCAACCUGCACUAAAAUCCCCACACGGAUGGGUAAGAAGAAGACGUAGCCCUCGGAGCUCAGUUCAUUUUCAAGGCAGAAUCUAGAUCACAGUUUUCAAGACGAUACAGAGACAAAAUGGUAUGUGGCCCAUGGUGAUGCUCUUUUUCCCCCAGAAGUCUGUGUCACAAAGCUGUCUAUAUUAGACAUUUUAGAGGGACCAGGGAACUUAAGCCACCCAAUCAUUCAUCUCUCCUGUGUGCUUGCUGUCACUCGAUGGUGUGGUGAUGCUUUUCAUUUAUGGUCUCUCUGAGGGAUGCCGGCUUGGAAGACGGCAGCAGAGGCUGGGCAGGCAGCAGGGAGACCGCUCUGUUUUGAGAGUCACCUCCUACAGGGUACCGUGUUACGGAGGAGAAUGGGAAAUUGUAUCUCCAGUUGCAAAGAUGUCAGACGAUUUUCAGCACUGCUCUCUUUGCUACAGCUCUGUCAUCGGGAGGCUCUUUCGGUAAUGGGGGUGGGGAUGGAGAACUCCUUCAGUUUUGCUUUUAUAAAUAAUCAUGUAGAAGCAUGAGCCAUGGAAAUACUGUUUUUAUCCACACACUUAAAGACGGUACAUAAUCCUACAUAUUUCAAUAUAUGUGAAAAUGUAGUUUGAUGUUCUUUGCUCUGCUGUUUCCAUUUGCUGAUUUUUCAAGAAGCUAUGUUAUGAAUAAAAUUAUGUAAUG